AAGUGAUAAAAUAAAACAGCACGUCCGUCCCUCCCGCGAAGAAGAAGAAGCAGCAGCUUAAUUGAUUGUAGUUGUAAAUUGAAGAAUCAGAUGGCAAUGAUGAGAGGAAGCUCGAGUCUGCAAUAUCCAGAUAAAUUCUAUUCUGCGGCGUCGUAUGUUGGGUUUGAGGGAUCAAACUCUCCAACCAAAGCUCUCACCUCCAAGUUCGCAAAGUCCACCGCUCUUCUCCUCUACAGCUUGUAUAACCAGGCUACUGUAGGACCAUGUAACAUUCCAGAACCCAGUACCUGGAAAAUUGUGGAGCAUAGCAAAUGGGCAAGUUGGAACCAGCUUGGAAACAUGUCUUCCACAGAAGCCAUGCGUCUUUUUGUGAAAAUAUUGGAGGAAGAAGACCCUGGUUGGUAUUCAAGAGCAUCAAGCUCUGUUGUAGAACCUGUUAUAGAUGUGCAAAUGAAUCACGAUUCCAAAAUUGAACUCGUAAGAGAGAAUGGAAAUUCUUAUCCAGAGACAAAGACUAUUUCCACUGAAAAUGGAAAUCAAGUUGGAACACAAGAUAAAGAUGUCGUCAUGGAGAGCAUUGUUCCGGUUGGAGUCUAUGAUCAAUGGAUCGCACCACAAAUAUCCGGUCAGCGUCCUAGGCCCCGAUAUGAGCAUGGAGCAGCGGUCGUGCAAGAUAAAUUGUACAUAUAUGGUGGAAACCACAAUGGCCGCUACCUUGGUGACCUUCACGUUCUGGAUUUGAGAAGUUGGACUUGGUCAAAGAUUAAUGCUAAGGCUGAAGUAGAGUCUUCAUCAAUUUCAACACGCUGUGCUGGCAAUUCUUUGAUUCCAUGGGGUAACAAGCUUCUUUCGGUUGCUGGGCAUUCAAAGGACCCUUCUGAAUUUAUCCAAGUGAAAAUGUUUGAUAUACAAACUUCAACUUGGUCAACUUUGAAGACUUCUGGCAAAGCUCCAGUGUCACGUGGAGGGCAAUCAGCUAACCUUGUUGGAACAAGCUUAGUAAUUUUUGGUGGACAAGAUGCAAAGGGGACUCUUUUAAAUGAUCUGUAUAUUCUUGACCUGGAGACCAUGACAUGGGAUGAAAUUGAUGCCAUUGGAACACCUCCUUCUCCAAGGUCUGAUCAUACUGCUGCUAUACAUGUUGAGCGAUACUUGCUUAUCUUUGGUGGGGCUUCACAUACAACUUGCUACAACGAUUUACAUGUUCUCGACUUGCAAACUAUGGAAUGGUCUCGACCCACACAACUGGGUGUAAUACCAACACCACGAGCUGGACAUGCUGGUGUGGCAAUAGGGGAGUAUUGGUUCAUUGUUGGUGGUGGUGAUACUAAAAGUGGUGUCUCAGAGACAGUUGUGUUGAAUAUGUCUACACUGGCUUGGUCAGUGUUAACUUCUGUUGAAAGGCCUAUUCCAGUUGCGAGUGAGGGCUUAAGUUUGAUUGUAACCUCCUACAAUGGUGAAGAUGUACUAGUGUCUUUUGGAGGAUAUAAUGGACACUACAACAAUGAAGUCUAUGUUCUUAAACCAAGCCACAAGUCAACCUUGCAACGCAAAAUAAUUAAAAAUUCCAUUCCAGAGAGUGUUUCUGCUACCCAAAAUGCCACAAAGGCUGCCCCAGAAGUCGAAUCUGAAUUGGAAGCUAGCCAAGAAGGGAAAAUUAGGGAAAUUGUCAUGGAUAAUCAUGAUCCAGCAAAACCCAAAGGUGAUCUUAUAUUGGUCCUAAAGACCGAGAAACAUGAGUUGGAACAAUCACUAAGCAAAGAGAGACUAAAUGCUCUUCAGCUAAAGCAAGAGUUGGCAGAUGCAGAGACUCGUAACUCUGAGCUAUACACGGAGCUCCAAUCAGUACGUGGUCAACUUGCUGCUGAGCAGUCUAGGUGUUUCAAACUUGAGGUGGAGGUUGCAGAGUUAAGUCAGAAGCUCCAAACCAUUGGAACCUUACAGAGAGAGCUCGAACUCCUACAGCGGCAGAAAGCCGCAUCGGAACAAGCUGCCCUGAACGCAAAGAAGAGACAGGGCUCAGGUGUGUGGGGUUGGCUUGCACCUCCACCUAACCAGAGAGAAGAUGAUGUCUAAACUUUAAUACUCCCUCUAUCCAAAAAAUAUAGGUCAAAGUUUUGACAGAACACCCAUGUUAAGAAAACACCAAAAAAAAAAAAGUUGAAAAUAUUUAGCUAAAUUAACCAUGGAAUUUUUCUUUCUCACCCUGAAUUAAAUGCUUAAUGCACAUAUUCUAUAUUAUUUAAGACAAAUUGAGUUAAUAAA